UGUAGCUCCUAUUAUUUUGUUCUCCCGCAAGCAAUAAAUGAAGAGACGCCCGAGCCUGCGUUGAUCGUUAUAAAACAAUAACACGCGGAAAGCGGUUCGCUCGCACGCUGAUGCUUUCAUACAUGGAGUCACACGACACAUAACUGUCAUUCUCGCCAGGCUGCGGGGUCCGCCAUCAGGGGAUUGGAGGCCGAGAACACGGCAGACGAACAGGACAUGCAGAGGUGUUUUUGUAUGUAAAAGCUAGCUAGCUAAGCAGGGGAACCAGAGUAAAACGUUGUAGACUUUUCCAGCACCCCUCCUUUGGCUACAUCUGCUCUCAUCCACUGAGAUGGCGCACCUCCGCGACAUGCAGAACCAGAAUUCCCGGCUUGACCCGGAGGAGUAUUUCACCAAGCAGGAGCGCAUUGGGAAGGGGUCGUUCGGCGAGGUCUACAAGGGCAUCAACAAUCGCACUAAAGAGGUGGUGGCCAUCAAGAUCAUCGACCUGGAGGAGGCAGAAGAUGAGAUCGAGGACAUACAGCAGGAGAUCACGGUGCUCAGCCAGUGUGACAGUCCCUAUGUCACCAAAUACUACGGCUCAUAUCUGAAGGGAACUAAGCUGUGGAUCAUUAUGGAGUAUUUAGGAGGUGGCUCCGCUUUAGAUCUUUUGAAACCAGGCCCGCUAGAAGAGACGUACAUCGCCACUAUACUGAGGGAGAUUCUGAAGGGACUGGAAUACUUGCAUUCGGAAAGGAAGAUUCACCGUGAUAUCAAAGCUGCCAACGUGCUGCUGUCUGAGCAGGGCGACGUGAAGCUGGCAGACUUUGGGGUGGCAGGACAGCUCACAGACACCCAGAUCAAGAGAAACACUUUCGUGGGGACUCCUUUCUGGAUGGCUCCUGAGGUCAUCAAACAGUCUGCGUAUGACUUUAAGGCAGAUAUUUGGUCCUUGGGAAUUACAGCUAUUGAACUGGCGAAGGGGGAACCCCCAAACUCGGACCUGCAUCCAAUGCGAGUUCUGUUUCUCAUUCCCAAGAACACUCCCCCAACGCUGGAGGGCUCUUACAGCAAACCCUUCAAAGAGUUUGUGGAGGCUUGUCUCAAUAAAGACCCUCGCUUUCGGCCCACAGCCAAGGAGUUAUUAAAGCACAAAUUCAUCACGCGAUACACCAAGAAAACGUCUUAUCUGACAGAGCUGAUCGACCGAUACCGCCGCUGGAAGUCUGAGGGUCAUGGAGACGAGUCUAGCUCUGAUGAUUCUGACAUGGAUGGAGAUGGUGAUGAUAGAGACCAGUGUCCCGUGUGGACGUUCCCCACAGUUCGGCCCAGCUCCAUGAACAAGCUCCAGAAGGGCUACACAAACACAGACUCAGAGGCGGCUGAGACGGUAAAGAGACAGCCCAAAUCUCAAUGUCUGUCAGCGCUGGUCUCUCCGAUCUUCAGAGAGCUGAAGGAGAAGAGGAGAGCGUGUGGAGGAGGAAUGGGUGCCAUAGAGGAGCUGGAGAACGCCUUCAAUCUGGCAGAAGAGUCCUGCCCGGGCAUCUCUGACCUCCUGGUCACACACAUCAUGGAGAGAGUGUGCAGGUUUGCUCUGAACGGCAACACCACGCCAUCGUCACGGUGAAGCUCCGCCUCCGCUGUCCCACCCCAAACCAUCAGAGCCCCAUCAGGACCACAGUACAGCUGGCCAUCCUCACCCUCUCUCUCAGCCCAGAGAUCUUUUAAUUAGUUAUGAUUCAAUAUUUUUACAGUUUUCUUUAUAGAAUGGAAAGUAUUUAAGAGAAAAAGCCAUGUCAUUGAGCAAACUGUGUUUACCUGUUAGAUCAAAAUCCUAUUAUAAAGUGUUUAUGGAAA